AUGAUCCAUCGUUUUGCACUGGCGUCGAAAACCCUCCCUGAUGAACUUCGCAAGAUUCUGGAGGCAGUGGUCAAAUGUGUCAACUUUAUGAAAGCUGGAGACCUGAACUCUAGCUUUUUCCAGAACCUUUGUAGACACAUGGAUUCAGAGCAUGAAGCCCUCCUCUUUUACUCCAAAGUGCGCUGGCUUUCCAAGGGCAAUGUUGUGAAUCGAGUGUUUGAACUUCGGGGAGAGCUUAAGUUGUUCCUGGAAGUGCAAGGGAAAGAUGAUCUAUUAAGUCACCUCAAUGAGGUAUUGUGGGAGCCACGUCUUGCAUAUUUAGCAGAUAUAUUUGAGCAGCCAAACAGGCUGUAUCUCAAGCUGCAGGGCAAGGACAGAAAUGUGUUUCACCUCAUGGAUUGUCUUCGUGCAUUUCUUGCCAAGCUCUAG